AUGGAUACCCAAAAAACAAAUUUGAGUGUUCUUAUGCUGCCAUGGUUGGCUCAUGGUCACAUCUCUCCUUUCCUCGAGCUAAGCAAACUACUCGCAAAGAGAAACUUUCAUGUAUACCUCUGUUCGACACCAAUCAAUCUCAGUUCCAUUAAGCAAAGAAUUACCCAAGAAUACUCUCUCUCAAUAGAAACAGUUGAACUCCAUCUACCCUCCUCCCCUGAACUUCCUCCUCACUUCCACACAACUAAUGGUCUCCCCACCCACCUCAAUUCCACUCUCAUAAAGGCCUUUGAAAUGGCAAGUCCUGCCAUCUCAAAUAUAUUCGAUACCCUAAAACCUGAUUUGCUUAUAUAUGACUUCAAUCAACCAUGGGCAGCAGCUAUAGCUUCCUCUCACAGCAUUCCGGCGGUUUAUUUUCUCACCACCGGAGCAGCGGUGACUUCUUUCGGCCUUCACUUCACGAAGAAGGCAGGCGAAAAUUUUCCAUUCCCGAAAAUUUAUUUUCGUGAGCCCAGGACCACUACGAAGCCCGAGGUGGUCGACUCUUCUGUAAAUGAUGUUAAACUCCAGGAUCUUUUCGCUGAAUCUCUUAAGCGAUCAAAUAAAAUCGUCUUGAUAAAGUCGUUUAGAGAAAUUGAAGGAAAUUAUAUCGAUUAUCUUCCCGUUUUAACUGGGAAGAAGAUAGUUCCCGUCGGUCCACUUGUUCCAGACCCUGUUAACCAAGAUGAGCAUAAGGAGAUCAUGCAAUGGCUGGACAAAAAAGAAGAAGCCUCAACAGUGUUUGUUUCAUUUGGAAGUGAGUAUUUUCUGUCCAAGGAAGUUAUGGAAGAGGUGGCUCACGGGCUAGAGCUUAGCAAGGUCAAUUUCAUAUGGGUGGUUAGGUUUCCCAUGGGGGAAAAAACAAUGGUUAAAGAUGCACUACCAGAAGGAUUUCUUGAUAGGGUAGGAGAUAUAGGAUUGAUCGUGGAGAGAUGGGCCCCACAGGCAAAUAUUCUGGGCCAUUCAAGUACUGGGGGCUUUGUGAGCCACUGUGGAUGGGGUUCCACAAUGGAAAGUAUGUAUUUUGGUGUUCCAAUUAUAGCCCUUCCCAUGCUUGUUGACCAGCCAUUUAAUGCUCAAUUGGUAGAGGAGGUUGGUGUUGGUUUGGAGGUUGAGAGGGGCAAAAAUGGAAAGAUUCAAAGAGAAGAGAUCUCAAAAGUCAUAAGAAAGAUUGUGGUGGACAGGAGUGGGGAGGGUAUAAGGAGAAAAGCUAGAGAACUGAAGGAGAAAGUAAGAAUGAAAGAAGAAGAAGAUAUAGAUGAGGUCGUGGAGGAGCUGUUACAACUUUGCAGGGAGAGGAAUAUUUCAGGAAUGUAA